UGCCGUGGAAGCAUGUCCCUAAAUGAUAAAAAAAUGGGACGUGUCCAUCGUUUAAAGGGGACGCCAGGCGUGGAAAGGAAGCUGCUGACUGCUAAGCUAACACUGUAGCAAUAAAAGACCCAAAGCGACGUUCCUCUUGGCGGGUCGACUACGGAGACAACGUCCUCCGCCAGAGGUCGCUGUGAUGCCAUGUCUGGAAGCGGGUACGCGCAUCCUCUACUCCUGUGACGGUGACGCGCACUGGUUGUGGACCAGUGGUGGACAUGAUCACUGCAUGAGAAGAAGAAGACGUCGGGCUGGAUGAGAAGAUGAGGAAGUUCACGCAGAAGCACGCUGUGCUCCUGCUGCUCACCUUCCUCCUGCAUGAGGCUGAUGGAAGGUUUCCUCACUGCCACUUCGCCUGGGAGAUGAAGAGAGCCAGCGACGAGUGUCAUGCUCGCUUGCAGAAGCUCACAGCGCCCCACUCAGGAUGUCUCGGCGAGUGGGACAAUGUUUCGUGUUGGGACAGUGCAGUGGUGGGCGAAGUGGUGACCCUCCCCUGCCCGACCCCUCUCCUACACUUAUUUGGAAAGAACGGGAACCUGAGCAGGAAGUGCACACAGGGAGGUUGGUCCGACGUCUACCCCGUCAUCGCCGUCGCCUGCUCGUCCAACACCACGAACCAACCGAACGAGCUCCUUUUCUACAAGGUGGUGAAGGUUCUAUCCACUUUGGGUCACAGCUUGUCCCUCAUUAGCCUUCUCACCAGCACCGUCAUCAUCUGUCUCUUCAGGAGGCUACGCUGCAUGAGGAACUACAUCCAUCUCAACCUGUUUGUGUCCUUCAUGCUGAGGGCCGUGGCCGUGCUGACCAAAGACGUUCUCCUCUUCUCGGAGGAGAAGGAGACCACCGACUGCAGCGUUCAACCUUCACUGGUGGGCUGCAAGACCAGCCUGGUGUUCUUCAACUACGCCAUCAUGGCCAACUUCUUCUGGCUGCUGGUGGAGGCGCUCUACCUGCACACGCUGCUGCUGGUCAUCCACACGUGCUCCGCCCGCCUCUUUGUCUACAUGCUCAUUGGCUGGGGGAUCCCGUGCGUGUUCACCGUGGCGUGGAUCCUGUGUCGCAUACACCUGGAUAACACCUGGUGCUGGGAGAGGAAUGAGAGUCCCGUACCCAGCAGAGUCCUGGACUGGCCCAUCUUGGCAUGUGUCAUCAUGAACUUCAUCCUCUUCAUCAGCAUCAUCCGCAUCCUGGUCCAGAAGCUGCGCUGCACCGACGUGGGCGGCAACGAACAAUCGCAGUACAAACGUCUGGCAAAGUCCACCCUCCUGCUGAUCCCCUUGUUCGGGAUCAACUACGUGGUGUUUGUUCACUUGAUGGAGCCCACCGAUAAAACCCUGCGUCAAAUCAAGAUCUUCUUUGAGUUGGGGCUCGGAUCCUUCCAGGGUCUUAUUGUGGCGGUCCUUUACUGCUUCCUCAACAGCGAGGUCCAGUGUGAGCUGAGGAGGACGAGGAGGAGUUUGUUUCUCAGGAGUUACGUGGGGCGGGACUACAGGCUGCACGCCGCCUCGCUCGGCCCGAACGGCGGCGGCUGCGGCGGCGACGACUCGGCGCCAAGAAACUCCCGAGCUCAGUCCAUCCUGCAGACGGAGACUGUUUUGCUGUGAUGGCGCUCAGCGGAAAAAGGAAAGAACUCUUUAUUAUUAUUAUUAUUAUUAUUAUUAUGAAAUAGUGCAAAUAUUUAGCUAGAGUUUUUAUACUUAAAUCAUUCAUUCAAGUCACUUGAGGUUUCAUGCAGAUGUCAUUUUAUUGUCCAUGCGUGAAUAGUACAGAACUGGCAAAAUAACAUACAUGCAUACUUUCCUAAGCGUUAACACUGGAACAUCAUAAAUAAAAUCUACCCUACCAGAAAGUCAAAAUAACUUAUAAAUAAACCGGCUAUUAAAUUAAACAAAUAAAUAAUUGCAAGAUAGUAAAUAUUGGGCUCAAGUAAGAGUGUGCUUCAAUUUUCAUCCUAGCAAACAAAACAAAAGUGCAAAUUUUCUCAAUGGAGUUUUGAAUGGCAUCACGGUGAAGCGGAGGAAGGCGAGGGGGACGCUGAGGGAGCGAAUGAGGACACAAAGGGAGUGUGCGAAGGCGCCGAGGACGCGUAUGAGGCCGUGGAAGCCAGGAUGGAGAGCAGCGUGGUUUUGGGCGGCGAGAGGGUGCUCAUUCUCUGCGCGUUGGCUUUCCUGUGUGGGCGAGAGCGUGAGGAGUUAGCUUGAGGAUGAACGCAUGAUGAGUGGAUGUCAGGAUGAUGGGGAACUCACUCGAUUGCCGCUGCCUUCUUUCGGACCCACGGGGCGUGGAUGUGAGCGCAGUAAUGGCCGCUUGUAGUGUAGAAGCUGGAGAACAAACGUUUAGCAUUGUUAGCUUCUUCUAAAAUGGCGUAUUUACAUCAUUUUCACAAAGUUUUGUGCCAUGUGUUUGGCCCUGUAAUACCACUCUUUACCACAGGUGGUGACAGUGAGUCAGACAGAUCUUUUAAUUAAUCAAAACAAUGCCAAAUGAAGCAUUUUUACAUUUUUUUAAAAUGCUAAACGGAACAAGCUACAACCACAAUGAUGUUAGAUUAGCUCAUUUAGUCAGAUUCUCAACUUGGGGUCGAUUUCAGGAAAGCUAAAGUAACUCACAUGACAGCGGGCACACAUGGUUUAACAGGUUUCCUGACGCUGUACCCCAACACUUCCUCCGUUAUCUCCUUGGUGCCGACCUUGGUGCAGCAUUCAUGGGGCUUGAUUACUGGAAAAGUGACAGAACCCAAGAAAGAGUUUAGCGUCCCGGUUGAGGCUUUGAAACAGAGCAACACAAGCCGAACGUCGUCAACUCACCUCCUUGUCCGCACUUGACCAGAGUCACCAGCAUGACCACCAUCAGCAAGCUCUUCUGCAGACUCACAAGCUUCUGCAUUUUUUUUUUUAAACAAAGGCGAUGAAUGAGACGGGGAAAAAAGACAGAAAAGGUCAAAAGCUGAGAUGGUCUCUCUUGAAGCUUCGGAGAAGUGUAUGAAGUGACAAGGCUAGGAGCGACGCUUUUAAAGUCUCAAAAAGCAGAAGUCGCCUUCCGGUUAGUCAUCCCUCAUUUUCUUUUUCCAUCAUCUCCUUUCGGUUAUUCCGAAUGUGUGACACCCUCGUUUGCUGGGAAAUACUAAAAGUGACCAAUAUCAGGGAGACCGGAAGCUGAGGUCAGGUGUCUUUAUUUAUCAUCAUUAAUCAACACGCUGAUGAGUAAACGAAUGAAUGAAAACACUCAACUCAUCAUAUUACAUGUAUUUAGUGACAUUUAUGUCAUUUAAAGAAUUAUUUUAAUGCCAUUUUGAUUUAGUGUUAGCUUGCCAGCCAGGCUAAGUCAUGUCCUGCAAUACCACUUUCUACCACAGGUGGUGACAGUGAGUGACAAAUUGAUAAACAGUAAUCCCUCCUUUAUUGUGGUUUAUUGGUUCCAAACCCAAUAAAAAGAGAAUUUCCACAAAAUAGGAACAAAAAUUGAAUAUUUUCAUAGAGUUUUAACAAUAUUAGAGCCCUUUAGACAUAAAAUAACACCCCUAUAGUCACCUUUAUCGUCCUGUUACCCAAUAAUAAGAGUGAAUAAAACAUAAAUAAGACUUGUGUGUGCUGAUGUAAAUACAUUCCAGUGCUAGGGGGAGCUUAGAGGGUAGCGGACAGGAAGUGAGGUCCGAGAUUCAGAGUGAAUUGUUGAAUAAAAAGGUGUGUCGAAACUUAUGACUGCAACUGUACUUUUAAUUGACUUUAGCACAAUCUAUUUACAGAGAGAAGUCUUAUUGUAUCCACGAAGCCAACACAUGUAAAUCAAUGUAAAAAAAUAUUUUUAGGGUUUUGAAAGCAAUCGUGCCUGAUUUAAAUAUAUGAGUAAAAAUUAAAAAAAUAAAUUAUAUCAAUAUUCUGUUAAACCACACAUCAAUUACACUACAUUAUUUUUAAUCCAUGACAAAUUAGACAAAAAUAUCUCUUUUUCUCAGGCAUAUUGUGAAAGCUGAUAAUGUUAAUUUUUUUUUUAAACUUAUUGUUCACUUCAUGACAUGUCAUGACAUGACUUGCAUGGAAAGAAUGUGUCAUUGGUCACUUACAGAGGAAGUCUGACAUCCACCAGUGUAGUGUAAUGUAGCGUAGAUUAGUGUAUUUAGUGUGGCGUAACCACUACAAGAAUAAUAUACUUCAUUUUUUAUAAAAACACAAGGAUGCUAGCCAUCUCAAACAUCCUACCCCCCUGUGUGUUAAAAGUUAGACUAUUCCAACAUGUCCAAAUCUCAUAGAGACACACAAAUAAGUCACUUCCGUGAUUCCUUCCGUUACGUGUUCUCCAAACUCUCACACACUAAAGCGUUAAAAGAGGAAGGAUGUGUGCAGUCGUCGGCGUCAUCACAUAUCAGUAUUGCACUAAAAAAAGCUUUCGUCACCCAAAAGAUGCUAAUUCAUGUUUUGUGAUUUUUGGUUUGAAACCUCAUCAAAUGUCACCAUUAAGACUAAAUAAGAAGGAUGCCGUGACUUGGUAUUGAACCCUGAGAGUCUGAACCAUGAGCCACUACCUCUAUCCCCCGAGCUAGCCACCAGGUGAACAUGCAAGGUGUUAUAAUGGAGCUAAUGAUGAUACAUAUUGGCCCUGGAGAAUAUGAAUGGUGGUCAUCACCUCCAUUAUAAGAGCAAGGGAUCCUUGCCAGCCGACUAGCUCCAUUGGUAGCACCGCAGAUUCAUGGUGCAGGAGUACUGUGAUCAAAUCCCAGUCGGGGAUACUAAAAAAGUGAUAGGGCGUUGCCUUCCCAGUUGGUACAUGUAUGUAAAUGAGGGGGUGUGUAACUUCCCCCCCUCAAAUUGAAAUUAUGCUAUGUUGAAAAUCCUGCCUGGUGGCCCCGCCCCCAAAGUGGCCCCGCCUCCAGAGUGAUUGUUAAAUAAAGAGAUUUGUCCAACUGGGUGAAGUCAACAUAAAAUGACAAGUAGGCGGAGUUAAGUGGGAGCCGAACGGUCGAGGGGGAUGGCCGGAA